AUGCCCGCAGCCCACGAUCCUCCUAUCGUCGCUUUGCCUACCAACGGCGCCGUCAAUGGCACUGUCAAUGGGACAAACGGAACAAACGGCGACAAGCGGCCGCAUACGCCGACAACCGGAAUGUCUUUGACUGAGUACAGCGCCAAUCCCUCCACGCCCUCUGAAGAGAAGCGGGCGCGCAUUAAGGAGAUUGUUCCUGAGGAAUACCUUCUUCCCACUGGAUACCCCGAUUACCUCCGUCUCAUCGCCAGCGCUACAUCCCGAGUGUACGAAGCCUGCAAGGUCACUUCCCUCACCCACGCCAUCAACUUGAGUAACCGACUCGAAUGCAAUGUCCUUCUCAAGCGUGAAGACCAGCAGCCCGUCUUCAGCUUCAAGCUGCGUGGGGCGUACAACAAGAUGGCCCAUCUUGAUCCGAAAAAGAGCUGGAAGGGUGUUGUGUGCUGCUCCGCUGGCAAUCACGCCCAAGGCGUCGCCUACUCCGCUCGCAAGCUCAAGAUCCCCGCUACCAUUGUCAUGCCCGAGGCGACACCUAGCAUCAAGCAUCUGAACGUCGCACGUCUCGGUGGCCACGUUGUGUUGCAUGGCGCUGACUUCGAUGGGGCCAAGGAGGAGUGCGCAAGACGAGAACUGCAGGAUGGACUUAUCAACAUCCCUCCUUUCGACGAUCCUUAUGUCAUCGCUGGUCAAGGAACUAUCGGAAACGAACUGUUCGGUCAGGUAAACAUGGCUAAGGUGGAAGCCAUCUUCUGCUGUGUCGGUGGUGGCGGCCUCAUUGCUGGAAUCGGUCUUUAUGUCAAGCGAAUGGCCCCUCACGUCAAGAUCAUUGGUGUCGAGGCUCAUGACGCCAAUGCUAUGGUGCAGUCUUUGAAAGCGGGCGAGAGAGUCCUGCUUAAGGAGGUUGGCCUGUUUGCCGAUGGCGCCGCUGUGAAGAUCCCCGGAGAAGAGACGUUCCGCAUCUGCAAGGAGGUUGUUGACGAUGUCAUUGAAGUCUCAACCGACGAGAUCUGCGCCGCUAUCAAAGACAUGUACGACGAUACUCGCUCAGGUUUGGAACCCGCUGGCGCUCUCUCCAUCGCUGGUCUCAAGAAAUACGUCGCUCAGAACCCUUCGAAUGAUUCAAAGCGCAACCUCAUCGCUGUGACAUCAGGCGCCAACAUGAACUUUGACCGUCUGAGAUUCGUUGCUGAGCGUGCAACCAUGGGCGAAGGAAAGGAGGCUUUGUUUGCUGUGCAGAUUCCGGAACGCCCUGGAGCCUUCGCUGAGCUUAUCAACACUAUUAUGCCUCAUGCUGUCACGGAGUUCUCCUACCGAUAUUCAACAGACGAAGUUGCCAAUAUCCUCAUUGGUAUCUCUCUGACAGCUCCCGCUCAUGAGCGAGCUGACGAACUCCGCUCCCUCAUCGAGCGUAUUCAACACAACGAGAUGGCUGUGACUGACCUUAGUCAAGAUGAGCUGGCGAAGAGUCAUAUCCGAUAUCUCGUCGGUGGUCGGUCAGGUGUGCCCAACGAAAGACUGUACAUGUUCACAUUCCCCGAACGACCAGGAGCUCUGGAGAAAUUCCUCACCACGCUUCGUUCCAAGUUCAACAUCAGCCUGUUCCAAUACCGUAACUACGGCGGCGACGUUGGUAAAAUCGUAACCGGCCUCCAAUGUCCUGACGAGGAGGUUGAAGAACUGCACAGCUUUUUGCGCAAGAUAGGAUACCCCUACGAAGACUGCACCAACUCGCAAGUAUUCAAGACAUUCUUGCGAACCUGA